GCGGAGGCCUGGGCUGUGCGGCCAGGGGAUGGUGGGCCCCUGGGCUUCUGCAGUGGAGAGGGCACCCCCAGAACAGCCGUGCCUCCGGGCUGCCCCAGCGAGGCGCUUGACAGCGAGCCCUGGGGAAGUUGGGCAGCUGUGAGUUUGCCUGUCGCCGUUAAGUGCCCUUAGGAUGCAGUGAUUAAGGAAUUAGGCUCUCCCUCCGGGAGGGGCACUGCCUGCGCUUGAGAACUCGGUGCAGAGAAAAAGGACAGAAUGAUGCUGUCCGAGCAAGCCCAAAAGUGGUUUCCUACCCACGUGCAGGUCACAGUGCUCCAAGCCAAAGAUCUUAAGCCAAAAGGCAAAAGUGGCACCAAUGACACAUACACUAUAAUUCAGUUGGGCAAGGAAAAGUACUCCACCUCUGUAGCUGAGAAAACCCUUGAGCCAGUCUGGAAGGAAGAGGCCUCUUUUGAGCUACCUGGAUUGCUAAUGCAGGGGAAUCCAGAGAAAUACAUUCUUUUCCUCAUAGUUAUGCACAGGUCCCUGGUGGGUCUGGAUAAGUUUUUAGGGCAGGUGGCAAUCAAUCUCAAUGACAUCUUUGAGGACAAACAAAGAAGGAAAACAGAGUGGUUUAGAUUAGAAUCCAAACAAGGAAAAAGAGCCAAAAACAGGGGUGAGAUAAAGGUCAAUAUUCAAUUCAUGAGGAACAAUAUGACAGCAAGUAUGUUUGACUUAUCAAUGAAGGACAAAACAAGAUCUCCUUUUGCAAAAUUAAAAGAUAAGAUGAAAGGUAGAAAAAAUGAUGGGACAUUUUCUGAUACGUCUUCUGCAAUCAUUCCAAGUUCUCACAUACCCGAUGCCAAUACUGAAUUUUCAAGUGGUGAAAUACAGAUGAAAUCCAAACCAAAAAAGCCUUUUCUUUUGGGUCCUCAGCGACUCUCUUCAGCACAUUCAAUGUCUGACUUAACUGGGACCCACAUAUCUUCUGAGAAACUGAAGUCUGGCACCACUGGUCAAACGCAUCUUCUUGGACGGCAGAUAGAUUCCUUUGGAGCAGUUCCGGAAAGUGGAAGUCUCAAAUCUCCACACAGAAGAACAUUAAGCUUUGAUACUUCUAAAAUGAACCAACCUGACAGCAGUGUGGAUGAAGGUGAAUCGUCUCUCGGAAGACAGAAUGACCCAUUUACAAAUGUGACUGCUUCAUUACCCCAAAAAUUUGCAACACUGCCAAGGAAGAGAAAUCCAUUUGAAGAAAGCAGUGAAUCAUGGGACAGCAGCAUGAAUUUAUUUUCAAAAUCAGUUGAAGUUAGAAAAGAAAAUAAAAGAGAGAAAAGGGAGAAAGUUAGCCUGUUUGAAAGAGUGACUGGAAAAAAAGAUAGCCGAAGAUCUGAUAAACUUAACAAUGGGGGAUCUGAUAGCCCUUGUGACUUGAAAUCACCUAAUGCAUUUAGUGAAAAUCGUCAGGACUAUUUUGAUUAUGAGUCAACUAAUCCGUUUACAACAAAAUUCAGGGCUUCAAAUAUAAUGCCAUCUUCAAGUUUUCAUAUGAAUCCGACAAGUAAUGAGGACCUCAGGAAAAUCCCGCCCAGGUUUGACUCUCUGUUCCGAGUUCCACUGCAUCUUCAGUCAAUUCUAAAUGCAUCAAACCUGGAGAGUAAGUUACUUUACAAAAGUAUGGGCACAUGUUCUUGGUAGAAAACUGAAUUCUCACUGAAUAACAGAAAUAGAGCCUUUAUUCCAAGAGACUGGUGGUUGCUGUUUGAACCAUCUGUCCUUAAUGUGUGUGAUCCAGAUGUAUAAUAAGAAUUUUUUAAAGCAAUAACAUAUCACAAUUUUCUAGGAUGUGAUUUGCCUAGAAGACAGUGUGGUGUGGUGAAUAAACCAUUCUAAAUGUAGUUAUUUGUACUUAGAACGGUAGAAAACACUAUAGAAGCAGAGGACUUUGUGCUGCGCUUUUGCUGUUUUAUGUAAAUGAUUUAUAAGUUUUGAUGUUUCAUAAAUGCUCAAGUCUUUAGAAUAUGGCAGUCUGGUGAGAAAUGUCAGAAUAUAUGAAGUCAGCCUUUGAUCAGAUAGUAAAAUGAAUUCUAUCAGGCGGUUACUUAAUCUCAAACAAAAUGCAACAUCAAAAAAUCGAUCUAAUGUGCAGCCAUUGUUUAUUAAGUAACCUUAAUUACAAUUUCUCUGUGCUUGUAAAUGUACUUUUCCCAAUCUUGUAAUUUAUUGCCAUAAAAGCAUCCUUAGAAUUCUUUAAAGAAAUAAAAUGUGAAAAUUGUUUUAGUUAAAGGAUUUAAAGGUGAUAAAAGAAUCCUUGAUGUGUGAUUGUUUUUCUCUGGAAUACUAACUAUUCUAAAUGGCAGCGAAAGGAUUACUAGGUGUUGUUAAUUUACUGCAGGAUACAAUUAAGAGGAGAAGGCUCAUCCUUCUACCGAGCGUUAUUGAGGAAAAGUAUUUGAACAAUUUUUAUGUUGAAGAUUAUAAGAUGUUUGAAGUAAUUUACAUUAAGUUCUCCGAUAAUAGCCGUCCACCAAGUUAUUUCUUUCCCCUUCUGGACAUAGUAUUUUGUAAUUAAGUUUGUGUGUCUUACAUGCUGUUGCCAACACCUGUCUGUGAAAGCUCAGUGUUUAAACAGGAGGAGUAGCCAGUUGAAAGGGCAGUGCGAGCUCUUUAAGGCCUAAUUAAGAACUGAAAGGGAGAUGAAGGCAGUAGGACAAAAGAUGUGAAAGUAGCUGAGAUGAUAUUCCCAGAGCAAAGUUCCUCAUUAGAACAAUAAUGAGAUGAUCAGAGAAUGCCAAGCCUUCAUCUUCUCUCUCUCUCUCUCUCCUCUGGCUGCCUUGGAUGUCAGUUAGUGCCCACCAAUAUUUGGUUACCAGGACAACCUUUCUUUAAAUCUCCAGUUAUUUUGAGUCCUGAUAAUUUGCUUUUGUUGAAAUUUAAAUAUUGCAAAAAAUAUACAUUUCCUCAUUUAAAAGGCUAGGCUAUGUGUGAAGUAAAAAUAGAUCACGAGUAAUUCUCCAAAGUCUUUUGUACAACUCUGUUAUUUAAAAUUGUGAUUGGAAAACUUCUUGUGAUAAUUCUGCCGAUCUCUCACCCACUCCCUAUUUUCUGAUACCUGCAUAUGGAAAUUUUUAACAGAGGUUGGGUCGGAAUGACAAAGGAUCGGUUGUGAAAGGGGAAGAGAGAAGACAAAUUUACAUUAAAUUUCAAUGUAAGAAGACAUCUUAAAAACACAUGUGCUAUCUGUGUGGAGCCAGGGGAGUAAAUAUUAAGUACUUCGGAGUCCCACUGUAGGUUUAGGGGGUCUCUACCAGUUUGGAGGUUUCUCAGUUUUAGAAGUUUUUCCAAGAACAGUAUUAGAAGUAUCUUUUGGAAAAAUAAUUGAUUAUGUAUUUGCCUGAGAGUUUUCCUCUUCAAGUAAAAUACUUUUUGUGACCAGAAAGUUAAUUUCCUAUUGUAUGGAUUAAUAUUAAUCUUUAUUAUUUUAUUGGGAACUAUAUCAACAACAGAAGGAGAGGUAGAUCUAUACGUAUGUAUUGAGUAUAUCAGUCAGUUUGAGAAUCUCAGGCCUAAAAUUAGAGGGGUUAAAUGCUUUUCAAAUAUGGGAUAAAAUCUGGAACUAAGCACAAAACUGUUUUUAAUUAUUAUAUAUUCUUUUCCAGAAUAUAGUUUAUAGUACAUGUGUUUCUAAGAUGUUUUCCUGCCUAGAAACUUGAUGCAGAAAUUUGGGAGAAAAUUUUCACAUAAAAGGACAAAUGGAAAAUGUAUUGAAAGGUCAGAAAUAUAUUUUCAGGAAAUCUGUACAUAAGUAUUAGAUGGUUGUGAGGGGAAAAAUAAGCCAAAUAAUGGCUUUUCUACUCUAGAUUAUGGCUUUAAAGCAUUGAACAUUAUCCUGGGAUGAUGAUGAAUUAUUUUGAGAGAUUAAAUCGUUAGAUUGAUUCAUAUCAUGGCAUUAAUGUAAACUACGUAUGUCAGAAUAAGAAUUUUUCAACAUGUCUUUCAUCCUCAUUGUCUUUAGAGAAAUGUUUAAAAAAAAAGUUUCAAUCACAUUAUCUGGUAGUACUGGUGUGGUUAAAUAUAACAAUAUAAAUGAUUUUCUAACUGUAUAUCAUCACUUAGUUUGGAGAAAUCAGUUCAUAUAUGUGUAACUUGAUUAAGAUUAGAGAGACUCAGAUGCUGUUAUUAUGUUAAACCAAGAAAACAUAAAACAGCCUCAACUAGUCAGUAAUGAAACCCAUUUAGUUCGAUUUCAUUAACCCCUGCAAUUCGCACAAGAACGCCUAUUUUUCAGAAUAUGUUUUAUUAGAUAAAUGAAAUCACAUUAGUUGGAUGUUAUUACUUUUCUAAAAUGCAGUUCAGGAAAAAAAAUUACUUUGUAGACCAGGAAAUUUUAGAGUUGAAAGGAACCGUGGUGAACAUCUCAUUUAUCAGAUAAGGGAAGUGAGGCCCAGGCUGGUAUCUAUCUGUCUCAAAUCUAUGCAGAAUUACUUGAGUUACAGUAAGAAAGUUUAGCUUAUUUUUAAUAAAUUUAAAAAAUACACUUACCUCAAUACUGUGUCUUAUCUUUUCUGUAGAAAUCUGCUUAAUAUAAUAAAUGUUUAAUAAGAUUGUGGUUAGGAAAUUUUAAGUUUUAUAUCUCUAAACUGCUCAUGACCAAUUAAAUAAAUCAGUAAAUACAUGAGUGUGAGAGUGUGUGUGUGUGUGUGUGUGUAUAUACUCUUAUUACAAAAGAUUGAGAGAGAAGAAAAAGUAAACCAGACUUGUCUCCAGGGUUGUGGUAAAGCAAUAUUCUUAAACGUUUUUUAGCGACAAAGGUAAUACAGCUGCUAAAGUUGUAUCUGGUCCCAGUUUCUAUUGCUAAAAUAAGUUGUUUUAAAUACAGUCUUAGAGAAUUUAAGCUCACUUUCCAUUGGCAUCCCCUCUAUUCAUUCUGUCAGUGUAGCGGAGGCUCUCACUAACUUUAACAUUGCAGUAGCUUUACAGAGAAUCUCAGCCCCUCCAAAUGAUCUUACCCACUCUGCCAUUUUAAUUUUCCUAGAACUUCACUUCAAUCAUUUUCUGCCCCUGUUUAGAAACCUUCAGUGGCUUCCUGUCACCCAUUGCAAUAAUCCAGCGUCCUCGACGGUCUGUUGGAACCUCCCAUCUCAGUCACUCCAUGCCCUGCCCUGAACCUUGCUUUCCGGCACCCAUUCUCUCCUGAUCACCUGCUGUUGAGCCCACUGUGCCUUCAAUCUGGUUUCCUCCUUUAAACAAGCAGAGCCCAGUGCUUGGGAUGCCUGUUAUCCAUUUCUGCUUGGCAGAGUCUCUGAAGGCCUAGCAUGAGCUAUAUCUUCUCUAUAAAACAUAAGCGAUUCCAUGAGGUUGGAGCAUUUUUCGAUCCUGAAUUUUUCCCUUUUUCCUUGAGAAGGGAGUGACUUUGGUAACCGAAGCAUCGAACUGAUAACUGUACUUCAGUGUUUCUCUGAUCGGCAAAGUCAAGGUGCUUUGGGGCCGAGGGGAUAAAAAGUUACACUUUGGCUCUCGUGAUGAGCACUAGACAUAUACCAAAUUAAAGUAGAUCCUGAAAAUGAAUAAAGACAAAUUUAAUCCAAUGAAAACAAGAAAGAAAAAGGCCUGUUUGCAUUCACCUGCCAGUCCCUGUUCUCCAUCCUCCAUGGAAUAGAUUAGAUAUAGUCCUUGAGAGCGGGACUGGUUUCCUCAGUGUAUUUUUCCUUACAGCCAAAUGGAAAUGUUUUGAAAGAAAGUGAUAAAAACCAGUUCUAAGCUGUUGAGUUUUAAGGAUAGAACUAUGUAUAAAAAGGCAUAAAGGUUGCUCCUUUAUAUUUGGAUGUUACCGUUUAUGUAAUAAAUCUAAAUAUUAUACACUGUAGAUGAUGUUCCAGUGCUGUUUUGAUGAAAUU